UAAGUUUGCUUGAAAAAGUAAUGAGUGAACAAUUCUAAAUAUGGUGUUUCAAGUGCUUGCUGGUCUUGAUUCAGAAUAUAGUGUUGCUAAAAGAACCAUACCUCAACGGAACCCUUUUCCUAGCUUCCUAGAACUGCACUCUCUGUUGUUGCUCGAAGAAGCCACUCUCCUUCUUGAAGCAGCAAAUCGAGACACUCAACUUGUGAUUGCUUCUAGUAACCCACAAUUGCUUCACCUUUCUCACCAUCCACAUGCUACUACCAACCUACCAACACCACCUGUUUCGUCUAUUGCAUCUUGGGACACUUUCUCUGGAAGUCGUGGCCACUUUUGGGGUAAUCGUGGUCGUUCUUAUGGAGGUCAUCGCCGGCAUGGUAUCUCUACAGGUUCUGGGUGUGGUUUUGAUUUUUCUGGUGGUCACAAUGCUGUGCCUUCUCGGGUUUUGCUUACUCUUCUUCCUACGCCAUCUAUCCCAGCAGGUGGUAGCCAGCACUAUCCUAUUUCUUGUCAAUUGUGUCAGCAGCUCAACCAUCAAGCCCGUGAUUGUCCAUUGCUCACCAUUUGGCCCACACCAGCUUCUCCCUCUCCCCAUCCAACACUAUUUGCUUCUUCCCCUAAUUCGAGCUGGUACAUAGACUCAGGAUGUGAGAAAGUAUUAGAGGCAAUUGGAUUUGUUGUGGUUGACGAAAUAGGUAAGAUGGGAAGGAUAGGAGAUGCUGAACCUGUCAGAUUAAAGAUUGAAGGCCAUUGGAUACCACUAGAGAUAGGAAUUGGAUUGAGUAGAGAGGUGAUUGAGGAAUUAGAUAUAGGGGCAGGCGACACAGACAUAGGAGGAGGAGAGGAAAUAGACUCAGUAGACAUGGGGAAGACACAAGACAGACAACACAUAAAACAAGAGGAAAAGGAAACCCUAGAAGACGCUUGGUGCUGGACCUAGCUCUGAUACCAUGUUGAAGAUAAUGCCUCUAGGGUUUUCAUUAUUGUAAAAGAGUAUAUAUAUACACGUGAUAUACUGUGGAAUACCUUAACUACCCUUUGUACACAUAUAUAUUAUCACUAAGAAAGCAAUUAAUGUACC